AUGGAUAAUUUCCUAUCAUCACUAAAAGAAAUUUCGAUAAAAACUGAAGAUGAGAAUUUUGUUGAUAAGUUUUCACAACUUUCAACUAACGAAAACAAUGACCUACAGCAUUAUCAAUAUCAAAGUCUUGAAAAUUGGGUUGAACAAAAGUGGCAAAAUAAGUGGAACAAUAUUGAUAGUUGGCAAAACUCAACUACACAAAGCCAAUCGAAUAAUGACGAAGGGUGGGGUUCAGUUAACACCGGGAUUAAUGAAUUUCAUAGAUUUGGGUUUACUUCUUCAUUGAGUUCAGAACACCUCAAAAUGGGGCGUAUCAACAUUGAACAACCAGACCGAAUGUUUGGGACGAGAGAAGGUUGA